AUGGGUAUAACACCAUUGAAAGAAGACUUCGCCGCCCUGGAAGGAUAUGCAAACAAAACAGAUGAGGAACGCAAAGCAAUUAUAAGCAGCGCAGGAAUGGAAAUAACCACAAUUGAUAAAAACAUAGCACAAUUUUUAGAAGAACAAUGGAAACUCAAAGAAGAAUAUUACUUCAAAAAUACAACAAUAAAAGCACACCAAAUACAAACAGAACUAAGCACAGUAGACUCAGAAGAUAGAAUAAGAAUAGAGAAGCUGAAGAAGUGCAAAGAAAUGGUUGAAAAAGACUAUGAGAAAAGCGAUGACUCCAACGAAAGCAACCUGUGGGAAAUUACUAGCAAUACAUCUAGUGACGACUUGAAUAUUGAAGAGCAAUUGAAGAUGAGAUAUCAGAAUUUUAACAAUACCUCACAUCCACACAAAAGCAACACACCCAACAACACCAAUGAAAAGUCAUGA